UUGGAUGAGCCCAAUACAUGUAAAAUUGUGAAAUUUAACUGUACUCUUUUUUGACACGGAAAAUCAAACUGAGACAAGAAGAAAAUAUUUAAAUAAAGAGAGGAAAUAGAAAGAAGAAGAGGGAAGACUUUCCAAAAACAGAGAAAAAAUAUAUCGCAGCUUGUUGAGGGAGUCAGUUAACGAGUGAAAAUUUUCCUGUGACUAGCAAUGGAUCAGAUGGAUGAAUCCCUUAAGAAACAAAUUGCAGCAUUGUUGAGAAUUAUACAUGUGACAAGAUGCUCCAAAGAGGACAAUGUUCCAUGCCAAAUUGAAGAGGGUCUCUUCUUGGGUUCUAUUGGAGCUGCUAAUAACAAGGAGGAACUAAAAAACUUAAACAUUACACACAUUUUGACUGUGGCUAACUCAUUUGAACCUUCAUAUCCAAAUGAUUUUGUGUAUAAGAUUAUAAAUGUUGCGGACAGAGUAUCAACAGAUUUAAAGCAGCACUUUGAUGAGAGUAUUGAUUAUAUUGAUGAAGCUAAAAGAUCUGGUGGUGGUGUGUUGGUUCAUUGCUUUGUGGGAAGAUCCAGAAGUGUGACUAUUGUUGUUGCAUAUCUGAUGAAAAAGCAUGGCAUGAACCUAUCUCAAGCUCUUGAGCAUGUGAAGAGCAGACGACCUCAGGCAGCUCCAAAUUCUGGUUUCAUAUCACAACUGCAGAGCUUUGAGAGGUCUCUUCAUGCAGAUGAAGAGAACAAGACAACAUAAUGUACAUAGGUGGACUGCGUUGAAGAUCCUCGCUCUGGACUGCGUUGAAGAACCUCGUUAUAAUAUAUAUGUUACCCAAGUUAGAUAGAAAUUUGGUGGUAUAGAACUUUCACACUUUUUACAAAAGAAAAGGAUGAGCCCUGAUGCUGGCAACUAAAAUUUAAAGUUGAUUGUGAGAAUGCUUCGGUUGUAUUUAUGUAUAAGCUUUUUCCAUGUGUUCAAUGAAGCAAGAAGGGUGAAAUCCUAAUUGCAUUGAAGCUUUUAAUGUAGAGUUUGCCAUAAACUUAUGAACAGUGUGUAAAUCUUUGUGGUAUAGAAGAGCAGAUUGGUUGCGAUGUUU